AUGUCAUUGCCAUCUAUAAUUGUUAACACCGAAAAGGCUGAUGUGCCAUUUGAUAUUGAAGCGAUUUUUGAUAUCAAUGAAGUAGCUGAUAUGGAUAUUAGUGACAAUGAGCUUGAUGACACGCUUGAUCGCAUUCUGGACGCGACAGAUGGAGUUGGCCAGAUGUGGGAGAUAGUGGAUGAUGAUAACACAAUGAAUGAAGGAUUACAAGAAAUAGAGAGAGUCAAAACCUAUUCUUUCCCAGUAGCAGAAUACGAGAAAUGGAUCAAAGAUCUCGGAAAAGCAGGACUCAACUAUGUUCUACAUGAACAUCGACAACAGCCUGGUAUGAGGAAUAAAAAUAAAUGGACAGAACGAUGGCAGUGUCAUCGUUACGGGACGUAUAAGAGUAUUGCUGGAAAGAAUCCCCACAAGAAAUCACGACCUGCACAAAAAGAAACAAAAAAAUGCGGGUGUAAAAGUUAUAUUCAAGUUGUGCUCCCCGUUAAUUCUUCAACAAUAAUCUUAAAACACUACUAUAAACAUAACAACCAUUAUCCUGGUCGAUUGUCAGACUUGUAUACACUUCCUCUUUCCGAAAACAUUCGACAAUUCAUUCGGCAACGUGCUCUGGAGGGACUUGACACUUAUAGCAUACAACGGCUCUUGCGACACCGAGCAAUUGAGCUUCAGGAUCAGGUACAGUUGUUAGAAAGGGAAGAUCAUGAUAAUAAAAAAUCUUCGGACAUUCAGCUAUUGCGGGAUGGGCUGAUAACAAAAGAUGACGUUUACACAAUUGUGCAUGAUACAAUGAAAGCGUGUUUUUACCUUGAUGAAGAUGAGCUAGAGUCUCUGAAUAAAUGGCAGGCGAAGUUGAUUGUUGCGAAUGGUUAUUGUUUGUUUGAGCGUGGUGAUGAAAUGGUUGAUACGGGAUUCAUGUUUGCUUUUCAAACAGAAAAACAAAAGGAAUUAACACAACUUGCAAGAGUUGUAUGUCUAGAUGGUACACAUGGAUUGAAUCAAUACGGAUACCAUCUUUUUACACUUCUCAUACGGCACCCAACAACAGGAAGUGGAUAUCCGGUCGCGUUUCUCAUUAGCAAGUUCAAGCGAUCCAUUACAUUAAAAAAAUGGCUUGAUUUCUUAAAAGCCAAACACGAGGAGUGGAGUCCAGACAUUUUUAUGGUUGACGAUGCGGGGGAAGAGAUUAAAGCAAUCGAGGAGUGCUUUCCUAAUAGUACAGUUCUGCUGUGCCAUUUUCAUGUGCUGAGAUCUUGGCGCAGAAAAUUGAAUAAUCACAACGGCAUGAAUGCUAAUCCACAUAAAACAAUCGUUUGGAAAGAUCUUUGGCGAUUGAUGAAAACAGAAGGUUGGAAUGACAACGAAGCACAAAUGCAAGUUGUGGAGGCGAUUGAUAAAUGGCGGAAAAUAGGUAAUGAGGUGGUAAACGGCUUUGCUGAUUACUUUGAACGUUGGUGGAAGCCAAAAUAUGAGAAGUGGAUGGUGUGUUUAAGAGGAAUUGCCAGAGAUAUGAUAGAUACGAAUAAUUUAAUUGAGGCAUUUCAUCGUAAAUUAAAAUAUGUAUAUAUGAGAGGGCGACCAGGACGACGGUUGGAUAGCGAAGUAUAUCUACUUACAGAAAUUGUACUCCGAGACUUAGAUUUCUCAGUUUUUUUGGAUGACUUAAAAAUUGGAAGAAUGAAUCCACGGCAACGACAACAGCGGAUCCGGGAGAUUGCAGGAACCAUGUAUGUUAAUGAAAAUGAUAUUUAUAAUCUUAACUCGGAUACUUGGAUAGUGCAUUCAAUGACGAAUAAUGAUAUAGAGUAUUCUAUUCGAAAAAGAGAUCUUACAGAUAAUUUGGACGUUACCUCAUAUAUCUGCUCUUGUCGUGAUUUCCAAGUACGACAAUUACCGUGUAAACACAUCUUUGCUAUUCUGAGCCGAUUCCGAGUUCAUGGUGAUAGCAUAGAGAACGACCAGCGUACCCAAUAUCAAAUUACUGAGAUAAAUGAUGCGACCACUGAGACCAGAAAGACAAUUGAUGAAACCACCAAGAUUACUGAGAUAAAUGGCGAGACCACCGAAAUCAAUGAUGAGACCACCAAGGUAAAUGACGAGAACACCGAGACAAAUGAUAAGGAUAUGGAGUUUAAGAAGUUACAAGAAGAGUUUGGAGUAAUUGCUGCAGAAUGGAAGAAUAAAGAGAAACAAGAUAUUCAUAGUUUACGAUUAACUAUUCAACAAGCUGUCCAAAUGGAAAGGACUAGAAUUGCAAAGAUUGAAGCUACACUAAAAGUUGCUAGUCGUAAUGAGCUAAAAAGCUCUAAUGUAGCACCAAGAACGGGAUUUAAAAGACAAAAUAGAUUUUGA